AUGGAGAGAAAACACAAAAGCCAACCAACAGUCAACAAGGAGAUCAAACCGGAGGUAGAUCGAGAAGAUUUCGAUAUGAAGAUUUCGAGACCAGCUCCAUCACCACCUGCGAUAUCGAUGAAUUUGACCCGUGUGAUUAAUGAGUCGAUUGAUGAGAAGAGAAAGGAUCUUGGAGCAGGAUGGCGAAUCGCUGUGCAAAACAGCCAUGGCUACUUUUAUGAAUGA